UUCUCGCAUGUGGAGUUAAAGAAGAGCCGUUGAGGAUUUGUCUAGGGAGCAGGUGCUUGCGUCUGUAUCAUCCACCUCCCGGUGCCUUCAGGAUCGGCGGAGUCUCCUCCCUGGCUUGGAGUGAGUCUGCGCACAAAACUCUGGAUGCAUUAACUACUUAACGUCAGACCUGGAGAGGACUCCGCUUUGAAACAUGGUGCCUUACUCACGCCUGCCCCUGCUCAUUGUGCCAGUACUGGUGCUUUGCUGCUCUAUCAGCCUGACGCAAGCAGACAGUGAGCCGGUUUUUGUCAGGAAGCCCGAUGACCAGAUCGGAAUAUCCGGCGGCGUGGCCUCGUUCGUGUGCCAGGCCACCGGCGACCCCAAGCCACGCAUCACCUGGAUGAAGAAGGGGAAGAAAGUCAGCUCCCAGCGCUUUGAGGUCAUCGAGUUCGACGAUGGCUCGGGGUCGGUCCUGCGAAUACAACCACUCCGUAUUCACCGGGACGAAGCUAUAUACGAGUGCACGGCCACCAACAGCAUGGGGGAAAUCAACAGCAAUGCCAAGCUGACCGUGCUGGAAGAGCAGAUUCCCCCCGGCUUCCCCGUCAUUGACAUGGGUCCCCAGCUGAAGGUGGUGGAAAAAACCCGCACGGCCACCAUGCUGUGCGCUGCCAGCGGGAAUCCCGAUCCAGAGAUCUCUUGGUUCAAAGAUUUCCUUCCUGUGGAUAUUGCAACAAGCAACGGGCGAAUCAAACAGCUGCGUUCAGGUGGUACACCAAUCAGAGGAGCGCUGCAGAUAGAGAACAGCGAAGAAUCUGACCAAGGGAAGUACGAGUGUGUCGCCACCAACAGUCUCGGGACACGCUACUCGGCACCUGCCAACCUCUACGUGCGUGUCCGUCGUGUUGCUCCACGAUUCUCUAUCCCACCCAGUAAUCACGAGGUGAUGCCAGGAGGCAGCGUCAACUUAACCUGUGUGGCAGUGGGUGCCCCCAUGCCCUAUGUCAAGUGGAUGAUCGGCAUAGUGGAACUCACCAAAGAAGAUGAGAUGCCUGUGGGGCGGAAUGUCCUGGAACUCACCAAUAUCAGAGAGUCUGCCAACUACACAUGUUUGGCAAUCUCCUCUCUGGGAAUGAUCGAGGCCGUGGCACAGAUCACUGUGAAAGCUUUACCAAAACCGCCAGUUGAUGUCAUCGUAACAGAGACAACGGCUACCAGUGUCACGUUGACCUGGGACUCUGGAAACCCCGAGCCCGUGUCUUACUAUGUGAUACAGUAUAAGCCCAAGGCUUGGGAAGGGACAUUCCAAGAAGUGGAUGGAGUGGCUACAACUCGUUACAGUAUCGGUGGCCUCAGUCCCUUCUCUGAGUACGAGUUCCGAGUUAUUGCAGUCAACAACAUUGGCCGGGGACCCCCAAGUGAACUGGUAGAGGCUCAGACAGGAGAACAGGCUCCCUCGAGCCCACCUUUGAAAGUUCAGGCCAGAAUGCUGAGUGCCAGCACCAUGCUAGUCCAGUGGGAGUCCCCCGAUGAAGCCAAUGGACAAAUAAGGGGCUUCCGUGUAUAUUACACUACUGACCCACACUUACCCUUUAGUAUGUGGCAGAAGCACAAUGUGGUUGACAGCCACUUGACAACAAUUGGGGCAUUGACCACUGGAACCACUUACAGCAUCCGUGUGCUGGCCUACACCUCAGUGGGCGAUGGACCACCUUCUGAUAUCAUACAGGUCAAAACACAGCAAGGAGUACCUGCGCAGCCAGUAGACUUCCAGGCAGAAGCAGAAUCAGACACCCGUAUUAUGCUAACAUGGCUUCUGCCACCCCAAGAACGUAUCACCAAAUACGAGCUCUUAUUUUGGGAAGGACAGGAUGGACGUCAGCAAAAGAUAACCUUCGAUCCCACCUCAUCUUACGCCGUGGAAGGACUGAAGCCAGACACUCCGUAUAAUUUCAGACUCGCUGCUUGGUCUGACAUGGGGGUUGGUGUCUAUACCCCAGCGAUCCAAGCAAGGACAGCACAAUCCACACCAUCCGCACCGCCGCAGGAUGUGGAGUGCACAAGUCUUAGCUCCACCGCCAUUCGGGUAAGUUGGGUGGCCCCACCGGCCUCCAGCCGAAAUGGGAUCUUAACCCGCUACUCACUGGCCUACCAAGCCAUGGCUGGUGAGGACACAUCCCGGCAUGUCGUGGACAGCAUCCCACCAGAGGUCUCCACUUGGGAGAUCAAGGAUCUGGAGAAGUGGACGGAGUACAGAGUGUGGGUUCGAGCUCAUACAGACGUAGGGGCUGGGCCGGAGAGCUCACCUGUCGUUGUGCGGACAGAUGAGGACGUGCCAAGUGCACCUCCCAGGAAAGUUGAGGUGGACUCUGUCAACUCAACAUCUGUGCGGGUAACCUGGAAGUCACCUCUCCCGACAAAGCAGAACGGUCAGAUUCGAGGCUACCAGGUCACUUACGUUCGCCUGGAAGGUGGGGAACCCAGAGGAAAUCCUAUAAUUAAGGAUGUAAUGCUGGCAGAGGCCCAGUGGAGACCCGAGGAGUCCGCAGACUACGAUGCUGUAAUUACCGGGCUUUCGCCAGAGACAACUUAUUCGAUCACUGUAGCCGCCUAUACUACCAAGGGAGAUGGGGCAAGGAGCAAACCCAGGAUUGUCAGCACCACAGGGGCAGUGCCCGGUAGACCCACCAUGAUGAUUAGCACAACCUCCUUGAACACAGCACUGAUCCAGUGGCAUCCACCAAGGGAAAUGGUAGGUGAGCUGUUGGGCUACCGUCUACAGUACAAGCGUGUGGACGAAGAGAAGUUCAUCACUAUGGAUUUUGGGAAAAACGAGCACCACUAUACAGUAACUGGGCUGCAUAAGGGAGCCAGCUACGUCUUCAAGCUGUCUGCCAAGAACAGGGCUGGCACCGGGGAGGAGUAUGAGAAGGAAAUAUCUACCCAUGAAGAUGUCCCCAGUGGCUUUCCCCAGAACCUGCAGGUAGUUGGACUCACCACAUCAACUACGGAGGUAUCUUGGGAUCCACCAGUCUUGGCGGAGCGCAACGGAAAGAUCACCAACUACACAGUGGUAUAUAGAGACAUCAACAGCCAACAAGACCUCACCAAUACCACCCGCGACACACACAUCACUCUAGUAAACCUGAAGCCAGACACCACCUACGACAUCAAAGUGCGCGCAAGAACAAACAAGGGCCCCGGACCACUGAGCCCCAGCAUUCAGUCUCGUACCAUGCCGGUCGACCAAGUGUUUGCUAAGAAUUUCCGAGUGAAUGCCGUGAUGAAAACAUCCGUUCUGCUUAGCUGGGAAGUUCCCGAUUCCUACAAAUCAGCUGUGCCUUUCAAGAUAUUGUACAACAACCAGCAUGUAGAGGUGGACGGACACUCCAUGCGCAAACUGAUCAACAACCUUGAACCCGAUACAGACUAUUCCUUUGUUCUAAUGAACCGAGGAAGCAGUGCUGGAGGACUGCAGCAUCGGGUGUCUAUCCGCACAGCCCCCGAUGUUCUACAGAGCAAGCCCACCUCUGCCAACAAGUACAUGGAGGAAGGCAGGUUCACCUUGUACUUGCCACGUGUGCAAACAUCUGCCCCUGUCAGGUGGUAUUACGUCGUCGUCGUCCCACUGGACAGUUCCAGUGGUAGAAUGAGUGCUCGUUGGCAAAGCCCAGAAGAAAUGGAGCUGGAACAGAUACUUGAGGCCAUCAACCAGGGAUCACAUCGCAAAAGAAGACAAGCAAUUAGGAACAAGCCUUACAUAGCUGCUAGACUCAACAUUCUCCCAGACUCCUUUACUCUGGGCGACAAUAAGGAAUACAACGGAUUCAUCAACAAGCCUCUGAACCCAGACUACAGCUACACCUGCUUUGUGCUGGCGGCUUUAGAAGACGGCGACGUUAAAAGGUACGCCGCCAGUCCCUACUCGGACGACAUUGUGGUGGAAGUGUCCUCUGCCAAGCAACAAGAGGAGCCGGAGAUGUUGUGGGUGAUGGGCCCCGUCCUAGCUGUCAUACUGAUCAUAAUCAUUGUCAUUGCUAUCUUGCUGUUCAAAAGAAAAAGGACCAACUCCCCCUCUGGAAAAGAUGACCAGUCUGUCGGACUGAAGGAUUCUCUCCUUGCUCAUUCUUCUGAUCCUGUGGAAAUGCGACGCCUCAAUUACCAAACUCCAGGUGCCAGUGUCCCCAGUUACCCGAAUAUAUCAAGCAUGAGGGACCAUCCACCGAUACCUAUCUGUGAUCUUGCUGACAACAUUGAGCGGCUGAAGGCCAACGAUGGACUCAAGUUCUCUCAGGAGUAUGAGUCCAUUGAUCCAGGUCAACAGUUCACUUGGGAGAACUCCAACCUGGAAGUCAACAAACCAAAGAAUCGUUAUGCAAACGUUAUCGCAUAUGACCACUCCCGUGUCAUUCUUACCUCAGUGUAUGGUGUGCCUGGCAGCGAUUAUAUUAAUGCCAACUACAUAGACGGGUACAGGAAGCAGAACGCCUACAUUGCCACACAGGGUCCGUUACCAGAGACCCUCAGCGAUUUCUGGCGCAUGGUUUGGGAACAGAGGACGACUACCAUUGUCAUGAUGACUCGGCUGGAGGAGAAAUCCAGGGUGAAAUGCGACCAGUAUUGGCCAAGCCGUGGCUCCGAGACAUACGGAAUGAUUCAAGUCACGCUGUUGGACACAGUGGAACUGGCCACAUACACCGUGAGGACGUUUGCCCUUUACAAGAACGGCUCCAGCGAAAAGAGGGAGAUUCGACAAUUCCAGUUCAUGGCGUGGCCGGAUCACGGGGUUCCAGAGUACCCCACUCCAAUCCUUGCCUUCCUGCGCAGGGUCAAAGCUUGCAACCCUCCGGACGCCGGACCUAUGGUUGUACACUGCAGUGCCGGCGUGGGCAGAACGGGAUGCUUUGUCGUUAUCGACGCCAUGCUGGAGCGGGUCAAACUGGAGAAAACAGUGGAUAUUUACGGUCACGUGACCUGCAUGCGUGCCCAGCGCAACUACAUGGUGCAGACAGAGGACCAAUAUAUAUUCAUCCACGAGGCUUUGCUCGAAGCGGUGAUGUGCGGGAACACGGAGGUCCCGGCCCGCAGCCUGCUCGCACACAUCCAGAAACUGUCUCAGGUGCCCCCGGGCGAGAGCGUCACCGCCAUGGAACUCGAAUUCAAACUGUUGGCCAAUUCUAAAGCCCACACUUCACGAUUCAUCAGCGCCAACCUCCCGUGCAACAAGUUCAAAAACAGACUGGUGAACAUAAUGCCGUACGAGCUGAGCCGCGUCUGCCUGCAGCCCAUUCGGGGCGUAGAAGGCUCCGACUACAUCAACGCCAGCUUCAUCGACGGCUACAGACAACAGAAGGGUUACAUUGCAACUCAGGGUCCUCUGGCUGAGACCACCGAAGAUUUCUGGCGCAUGCUGUGGGAGCACAAUUCUACCAUUGUGGUGAUGCUGACGAAGCUCCGAGAGAUGGGAAGGGAGAAGUGCCACCAGUACUGGCCUGCGGAGCGUUCAGCGAGGUACCAGUAUUUUGUGGUGGACCCAAUGGCCGAGUACAACAUGCCACAGUACAUCCUGCGCGAGUUCAAAGUGACCGAUGCCAGGGAUGGCCAGUCUCGGACGAUCAGACAGUUCCAGUUCACAGACUGGCCGGAGCAGGGAGUGCCGAAAACGGGCGAAGGUUUUAUUGACUUUAUUGGGCAAGUGCACAAAACCAAGGAGCAGUUUGGACAAGAUGGACCCAUCACGGUCCACUGCAGCGCCGGCGUGGGCCGUACCGGAGUGUUUAUCACGCUGAGUAUCGUGCUGGAGCGCAUGAGGUACGAAGGGGUGGUUGACAUGUUCCAGACAGUGAAGACCCUGAGGACACAGCGGCCGGCGAUGGUGCAGACAGAGGACCAGUAUCAACUGUGCUACAGAGCCGCGCUGGAGUAUUUGGGCAGCUUUGACCACUAUGCAACAUAACUACCACUAACCUUGCUGGGCGAAACGCGUCGGGAUCGUGGCACCGGAGCAGUAAACCUGCGUCAGGUCUUUUUCUACAGGCGCUGUUCCCGUCUCACCGAGAAAAAAAAAAUACAAAUGCAAAGCUUUGCAAGACUUGCUUGGGAUAUCAGCACAACUCAUCCCCGCGUCCCCUUCCAUUCAGGUCUUGCUCCUACGGCACGCGUAACAUGAAAAUGAUCACCUUUUUUUUAUUUUUAAUCUAUUUUGUAGAGUGGUUUUUUUUUUUCGUUCUCUCUUUUUUUUCUAAAAGAAAAAAAAGUCCGUUCAGCAAAGUUUUAUGUACCAAGCUGCCUUCCCUCCUCCUCCGGCAGCAAUUCCUUUUUUUUUUUUUUCUUUCCGUUUUAUAUUUUUAUUUUAUUUUUUUAUGGAACAAAAAAAAAAAAACAAUUAUGGCACUAUGGGGAAAAACUGCAGAAAAAAAUGAGGAUUCUGACUGUAAGUAUCCCUGUAUUUCUGUUCUGUGCCCCUGGGAAGGGAACGCUCCGGUGGAAACAAAAUAGCACAUUAUUUUCAUACUCCGAACAAUCGACGGAACGACGGACAAUUCCUUGGGAAGAAGCCCCGGGUGGUCUCGAGACUUCGGACUUAUAGCUGGUGUAUGUCUCAUCUCAUCUCACCCAUUGUGCGCUCCCACAUGCUCACGGGAGUCUGAAAUUCGGGUGUACGAUUCGAAGCGUUACAGGUGAAGACCGAGGGACCAAGAUUUCCACACAAAAAAAAAAAGCCCUAUUUUUUUUUUGUCUUUUUAGUUUAGUUUUCCUUUUUAAAUACUUUUUAACUUUAGCUUUUAUUUUUUACUGUCCACAUCCGUACGGAGCCGCUCGCCUGGCGCGAGGGACAUAAAAAAAAGAUUUGGGGGGCUCCAAGGAUGAUGAACGCAAAAAAAAAAGUAUAUAUUUGCUCAAAUCUGUAGAAUGAAGAUGUUUGAAGGUUAUAUUUUCUCUUUUCCGAGUUAUAUUAGAGUAAGGGGGGGGGUUUAUUUUGGAGAUUCCUGUAUGGUGCCACAAAACUUGAUUCCUCGUAUGUUAAAAACGGUAACGUUCAUUACAAUGAUGAUCCUCCGGAACCUUCUACUAAACCUUGUGGGGGGGAAAGGACUAUGAGUAACAAUGGUAUUUCUGUAUUAAUAGUCUAUUGCUAAUACCACGGGGAACGGGACGCGCCAUCCUAUGGAUAUAAAACGAUAAAAAAAACAAAAACAAAUAAAGGUGGUGGACAACUAAUCCAAAAUGUAUCUGGUGUGAAAUCGGAACGGACGCAGGGUCUCUAAUGUUGGAUAAGGCGAUCAUUUUUACCUUGUGUAUACAUUAGUGCUGUUAGGGGUUUGCUCUGUUGUAUACAGUAUGUUUUCUAUUUGUUAAUAAAAAGGAGAAAAACUAAUAAAAAAAAAAAAUGAAGACAAGAACGUACACACACACUCUACUAAUACAGCAUCUUUGCCGAAAAUUCUCGAUGUUAAUAAAUUUGAAUAAUCAGGUUUCAUACAA